AUGUACUUGUUCCAAUCCAUCGAGACCCUCUGCAAGCAACAGCUAGCUCGGGGCGGUGUCUUUGGCCGCGACAGCAGACCUCUUCGCCCUGCCCUACAACGAACUCGCACGCCGAGACGGGGGUCUACCUCGGGAUCUACCGGCUACAAAGGGCGAUAUGACCCCCUCUCGAGGAGCAGGACCGCUAGCUUCCUACAGCGGCAGGGCUGCACCGUCGACGUGUCGAUGGCUGCUGGCGAUGCUCGUCUCGUUGGUCGUGGGAGCGGCGCGAGGCUUCUUGUUCAACCCCACCGCAGGUGGUGGCGGCGAGCUGAAGAGAGCAGCGGGAAGGGGCGGCUAUAG